AUGUGGGGCGUUGAUAUUCUGGGACCAUUCACUCCAGCUGGGGCUCAAGUCAAGUUCGUUUUGGUAGCAGUAGAUUAUUUCACAAAAUGGAUUGAAGCGGAGUCCAUGGCGAAGAUUACAGCUGAGAAGGUUAAGAUGUUUUAUUGGACGAAAAUAAUUUGCAGGUUUGGAGUGCCAGCAACAGUUGUCUUUGACAAUGGAACACAAUUUACAAGUAAGAAAGUCAGAGAUUUAUGUGAGGAGAUGAGAAUUGAAAUGAGAAAGGCGAAGGGCCCUACUGAUUCAAAGCUAACACCAAAUUGGGAAGGGCCGUACAGAAUUUUGCGUGAUUUGGGACAUGGGGCUUACCACCUUGAGGAGUUAUCUAGGCGCAGGAUUCCCAGGGCAUGGAACGCGCAACACUUGCGUUAUUACUACAGUUGA